AUGAAACUCCCUUCCUUUUCCUUCCCAUUUCGUCUUCUCCGGCCUCACGCGAUAACGGCAUUCAUCUGUUUGCUCCUGACCUCCACCACCGUCGGAAACCCACUGCCUUCUCCUUCCUCUUUUCUCCACUCCAUCCUCCACUCCGCUCUUAAACUCAGGAUGGAAGGGCUACAACUCCACGACUCCGAACGCGUAGAAAAAGAACAAGAACGCGAGAGGAACGAAUGGCAGCUGUCUUCCAGCACGUGUUCGGGUACUGCUUGUCGAGUCGAGUUUUGCUGUGUCUCUUGCUACGUGGAGGGGAGAAAGUCAUGGGCUGAUCCUGGAGGACAGGAUGUCCAGCCAGACGAGAGGACCCACCUCAUACCCGCGCUGACCAAGCCUGUUGGGUACAGUUCGUAG